AUGCCAGCUUUAAUUCCUGCUUUAAUAAUAAUGCUGUUAUUAUCAUCUUCAUCGACGAAACAAAUACGAUUUUUAAGAUCAGCAAGUUCUUUGCAAUUAACACUAAAUAUAGCAAAAACAUCUGAUACAUUUGAAAAGUUGAAUCUUACUGGUUCCAAGUUGGGCUGUGGUACAGGUGGAUGUGGAGCUUGCACAGUCCUCAUUUCACGCUGUACUGAUCGAUGCUCUGGUAAAAUUGAACAUUAUACGACGAAUGCAUGUUUAGCACCGUUGUGUUCUGUGGAUGGAUGUCAUGUGAUCACCGUAGAAGGUUUGGGUUCAGUGAAAAAGUCAAAUAUUCAUCCAGUUCAAUCUCGUCUAGCCGAAAUGUUUGGUACGCAAUGCGGCUUCUGUACCCCGGGUAUUGUUAUGUCUCUAUAUGAGACUGUAGCAAUGGAUGACAACAAUGAAUCACCGACAAUGCAAGAUAUUGAGGAAGCAUUCGAUGGACACAUAUGCCGAUGUACCGGCUAUCGAUCUAUACUCGAUGCGGCUAAAACAUUUGCAAGAGAUGUUGAUAAAUACAUUGCAAUUCAAGAAUCACCAACAUCGAAAAUCACAUCGACGACAUUUGAGAAAUGUAUUUCGUACUUGAGUAAAAAUGUAUCAUCGCCACCGUUUCGAAUCGAAUUCCCCCAGAAAUUACGGGAAUAUAAUCCGCAGUCGAUUCAUAUUAAAGGUUCUAUGCUCGAAUGGUAUCGCCCGAUUUCACUCGACGAAUUACUUUCUCUUCGUCAUUCUUAUCCUGGUAGUGCAUCGAAGCUCAUCUUCGGAAAUACUGCUGUUCAAAUUGAAAGAAAAUUUAAACGCAUCCAACAUCAUCGUCUUAUUUCAAUAACACAUAUUGAUGAAUUACAACAAUUAAAAAGAACACCGAAUUCAUUUAUCAUUGGUGCUGGUAUUACAUUCACACACUUACAAUCAAAAUUAUAUGAAUGGAAGAAAGAAGUGAACAAUGAUGGCGGUAUUUGUGAAGCUCUAAUUGAUCAACUGAAACACUUCGCAUCGACGCAAAUACGAAACGUUGCUUCGUUCGGAGGUAGUAUUGUCAAUGCUUCGCCGAUGUAA